UGCACCUGCGAAGCGCUCUGUCGCAUCAUCACACCGGCGCUGCUUUCAGAAUCCGCUCCGUCCGUCCGACAUCACUCCCAAAACAUGCAUCAAUGGCACCGCCGCUUAACUUCCGCGCGUUUUUCACGAGGAGCGACCGCUGUUUGAACUUUGAUUCGGAUAAACGAGCGCGCGUUCGAUAUCUGGAAUCUCCUCCGCGGAUGACUAAAUAACAGCAGCGAUGGCCCGGGCAAACAUGGUGUUUUCGGACGUCGAAACUUUCUUGGAUGAGCACCCGGAAUUGCUGGAGGACUACCUGAAUAGGAAGGGCAAAGCGAGCAUGGUGGAAAAGUGGAUGAAGAGCCAUCCGAAAACUCCGGAGAAAGCGGUGAGCGCGUGCGGGAAGGACAGCUGGGCGAGCCGCGGAGACGGGCUGCAGAGACGGGCGUCGCAGAAAGAGCUUCGGAAGACCUUCGCCAGGUCCAAAGCCAUCAACGCGAACAGGACUUACGACGAGCAUGUGAACUCCAGAGCCCAGGAGCCGCUGACCAGCAUGCGGAGGCGCGCGCUGCUGCGUAAAGCCAGCUCGUUACCGCCGACCACCGCGCACAUCCUCUCCGCGCUGCUGGAGUCCCGGGUCAACAUCCCUCAAUACCCGUCCACCGCUGUAGACUACAAAUACUACCUAAAAGAGCACAACGAGCGGGAGUUUUUCCUGGAGCUCGUCAAAGACAUCUCCAACGACCUGGAUCUCACCAGCCUCAGCUAUAAGAUCCUGGUGUUCGUGUGCAUUAUGGUGGACGCCGACCGCUGCUCGCUGUUUUUGGUGGAGGGUCCGGCUAAUAAGAAGACUUUGGUGUCCAAGUUUUUUGAUGUGCACGCGGGGACCACCGUGCUGCCCUCGCUGAGCAACUCGGAUGAGGUGCAGGUGCCCUGGGGAAAGGGCAUCAUCGGGUACGUGGCCGAGCACGGGGAGACCGUCAGCAUCCCCGAUGCCUAUCAGGACCAUCGCUUCAGUGACGAGAUUGACAAACUCACCGGAUAUAAAACCAAGUCUCUUCUGUGCAUGCCUAUUCAUAACAGUGACGGAGAGGUCAUCGGGGUCGCACAGGCCAUCAACAAGAGCCCCAAUGGAGCGCUGUUCACCCAAGAUGACGAGAAGGUGUUGCAGAUGUAUCUACCCUUCUGUGGCAUCGCCAUCUCAAACGCCCAGCUGUUCGCUGCCUCCAGGAAAGAGUACGACAGGAGCAGGGCUCUUCUGGAGGUGGUGAAUGAUCUGUUUGAGGAGCAGACUGAUCUGGAGAAGAUCGUGAGGAAGAUCAUGCACCGCGCGCAGACUCUGCUGAAGUGUGAACGCUGCUCUGUGCAGCUGCUGGAGGACAUCGAGUCUCCGGUGGUGAAGUUCACCAAGUCCUUUGAGCUUCUGUCACCCAAAUGCAGCGCUGACAUGGAGAACAGUUUCAAGGACAGCAUGGAUAAAUCGUCGUAUUCUGAUUGGCUGAUCAAUAACAGCAUUGCGGAGCUGGUGGCCUCCACUGGGCUUCCUGUGAACAUCAGCGACGCUUAUCAAGACCCUCGAUUCGACGCUGAGGCAGAUCAGUUCUCCGGCUUCCACAUCAGAUCUGUGCUGUGUGUCCCCAUCUGGAACAGUAACCACCAAAUCAUCGGUGUGGCUCAGGUCUUGAACAGACUCGAUGGGAAACCAUUUGAUGAUGCAGAUCAGAGGCUGUUCGAGGCAUUUGUGAUUUUCUGUGGACUGGGAAUCAAUAACACCAUUAUGUAUGACCAAGUGAAGAAGUCCUGGGCCAAGCAGUCUGUGGCUUUGGAUGUGCUGUCAUAUCACGCCACCUGCUCAAAGACUGAGGUGGACAAGUUUAAGGCGGCGAACAUCCCCCUGGUGUGUGAGCUGGGCAUUGAUAAACUGUCGUUUGAUGAUUUCUCUCUGGAUGUGGACGCGAUGGUGACGGCGGCGCUCAGGAUGUUCAUGGAGCUGGGGAUGGUGCAGAAGUUCAAAAUAGACUACGAGACGUUGUGUCGGUGGCUGCUGACCGUGAGGAAGAACUACCGCAUGGUUCUCUACCACAACUGGAGACACGCGUUCAACGUCUGCCAGUGCAUGUUCUCCAUGCUGACCACAGCAGGCUUCCAGGAGACUCUGACCGAGAUGGAGACUCUGGCUCUGAUCGUGGGCUGCAUCUGCCAUGAUUUAGACCACAGAGGAACCAACAACGCCUUCCAGGCCAAGACGGGAUCAGCUCUUUCUCUUCUUUACGGGACUUCAGCCACACUAGAGCACCAUCACUUCAACCACGCGGUGAUGAUCCUGCAGAGCGAGGGUCACAACAUCUUCUCCAAUCUGUCUUCACAUGAGUAUGGAGAACUGAUGCAGCUCCUCAAGCAGUCCAUACUGGCCACAGACUUAACACUCUACUUUCAGAACAGAAACUCUUUCUUUGAGCUGGUGAAUAAAGGCGAAUACAACUGGAACGUGAAGGAGCACAGAGAGAUGUGCAGGUCCAUGUUGAUGACGGCGUGUGAUCUGGGCGCUGUUACCAAACCCUGGGAGAUUUCACACAAGGUCGCAGAGCUGGUGACCAGCGAGUUUUUCGAGCAGGGAGACCGAGAGCGCUCUGAACUCAAGCUCACGCCAUCUGCCAUUUUCGACCGAAACCGUAAGGACGAGCUGCCGGGCCUUCAGCUGGAGUGGAUUGAUGGGAUCUGCGCGCCGCUCUAUGAGACAUUUGCCAAAUUGAACCCCAAACUGCAGCCGAUGGUGGACUUGAUCAAGGCUAACCGUGCCAAAUGGGAGGAACUGCACCACAGACACCAGCGAAGCAGCCAAGAAGCUAGCAUCCCUGCUAGCCCAGAUCACGCCGACGUUUUGGCUAGCAGCUGUAGCUGCGCCGAGCCCUUCCACACCAUCAGCUAACUGCAGAAACCUUCCCACAAUGCACAACAGGAUGAGUCUGACUGCUUCAGACCAGCGGGCAUUACCUCACUAGCGCCCUCUGUGGGCGUUUCAGCACUGCGUCUGAGUUUGAGUUCGGUGCUGCACGUUUAGCUAGCAUCAACUCGGAGAAUCUUAGGGAUGUGUUUAUGCCCGAGAAGCUAAUUGGCUGAAUUGGCUACUUUAGGGCUAGCAUGCUAACUCUGCUGUGCGUGUGAGCUACUUUCAGCAGGGAAUGUUUGAAGAGGAUGGCUGCGGUAUUAUAUCAAGUAUUUUUUCCCGUUUGUAGCUUUAUGUUGGAUGAACACACAGUUGCAAGACAAAGUAUGCGAACCCCUUGGGAUUACUUGGAUUUUGGCAUACAUUUCACAGAAAGUGUGUUCUGAUCUUCAUCUAAGUCACAACAAUAGAAAAACAGAAUCUGUUUAAACUAAUAAAAAAUGAUAGGUUUCCAUGUUUUUAUUGAACACAACGUGUAAUCAUUCACAGUGCAGGGCGGAAAAGGUAUGUGAACCUUUGGCAGCAAUAAGCUCAACCAAACGUUUCCUGUAGUUGCAGAUCAGACCUGCACAAUGGUUAGGAAUGAUUCUGGACUAUUCCUCUUUGCAAAACUGUUUCAAUUCAGCGAUUAUCUUUGGAUGUCUCGUGUGAAUCUCUUUUCUGAGGUCAUGCCACAGUAUCUCAAUCAGGUUGAGGUCAGGACUCUGACUGGGCCACUCCAGAAGUUGUAUUAUCUUCUGUUGAAGCCAUUUUGUCAUUGAUUUACUUCUUUUCUUUAGCUCUUUGUCAUUUUCUAAGAGCCCUUUUGUGCGAGACACGGAUC